AUGGAGGGCCCGCGACUCCGGCUCCGCAGCCUGCACUGGGCCCCGCUGCCGGCCGAGCGGGUCCGGGGCCGGCGCAGCGUUUGGGGAGGGGGCGGCCCCGGCCCCCAGCCAGACCCCGGUCCCCUGGACCUCCAGCGUCUGGAGGAGCUGUUCGGGGAACGGCCCGGCCCCCCGGCCCGGGGGAUCCCCCGACAGGUGUGUCUCCUGGACCCUAAGAAGGUCCUAACGCUGGGAAUCGUGCUGAGGCAGUGCAAGAGGCCAGCGGUGGAACUCGUGGAGGCCGUGCGGGCUGGUACCGGAGGGCCCUAUGGGGCCCAGAGGCUUCGGCAGCUGUGCCGGGUGCUGCCCGACUCCCAUGAGGUGCAACGGCUGCGCAGCUUCCAGGCAGGGGAGCAGGGUCGGCGGUCGCGGUCACGGCAGCAGCUGUCAGAGGCCGAGCUCUUCAUGCUGUUGCUGGUGCAAGUGCCCUGUUACCCGGAACGGCUUGCAUUGAUGGUGCUGAAGGAGGAAUUUCUGCCCCAGCUUGGUACCUUACGAGCCAACAUUGCCAUCUUAACUCAAGCUGCUCAGGAGCUGCUGGCAUGUGAGGAUCUGCACUGCAUCAUCCGCCUCAUCCUGAAGGCUGGGAACCACCUGAAUGCGGGCGGCUAUGCAGGUGGGGCCGUGGGGUUCCGCAUGGCCUCGCUGCUGCGCCUGACCGACACCAAGGCCAACACUCCCGGCAUUCACCUGUUGCACUUUGUGGCCAUGGAAGCGGGGCGCAGAGAGCCGCGGCUGCUGCACUUCCCCCUUCAGCUGCCCCAUGUUGGGCCUGCUUCCCGGAUCCCGGAACAGGAGGUGGAGGAGGAGCUGGAGCUCCUGUCUCAGCGGCUCCGGGGGGCCCGCACCCACCCCCCGCCCCCUGAGGUGUGGGCCCAGAUGGAGCCCUUUCUCCAGGAGGCAGAACGGGAGCUGCAAGGGGCUCGGGCCUGCCUCCAGGGGCUGGCCCAGCUGACUGAAACCCUGAUGGAAUUCUUCUGUGAGGAUGGGGCUCGUUGCCCUCUGCAGGAGCUCUGUGCCACCUUCCACACCUUCGCCCUUCACUUCCAGACUGCUGCCCAGGAGAACGCAGCGCGGGAAUGGCGACAGUGGCAGCGGCGGCAGCAGGGUGAUCGGAGGCAGCGGCGGAGGGGCGGGCAGGCGGCCCCCCACCUUGGCCGCAGCUGCUCGCUUCCAACGCUGGAGCAGGAGCUGGAGAGGGAGCUGGGGUACCCGGGCCGGGGCCCCCGAGGCCGAGGCGCCCCCACGCUCCCGGAGGCCUGGGGCGGGAACCUCGGCCACUGCCCUCACUGGUCCCUGAUGCCCGGACCUCCUUCGGGCUCCCCCUUCUCGCCUCCUGGCCCAUCUCCAGAUGUCUCUCCCGGGCCCCCCGGCUCCUCCCCUUCCCACUUAUUCUUCUCCCCGGACCCCCGUCCUCCUGACUCUGCCCCCGCAAAAGCCCCUCUUAAGGUCCCGUGACCAGAGACCUCUGCACUUCCCAAGUGCUUGACCUGACCCCUGACCCCUUCAUCUCCAGGCCGAGCCCCGGCCCAUUUUAAUUUGGUUUUAUUGCUCCUGCCCCAGUGGGGGCUUCAUGAGUGGAGAUGGGGUUUUGACCUUCUCCUUGCUGGACUCCUGUGUGAAAGUGGGCUCUCUCCUCACCUCUUAACCUGUAGGCUCAGCUCUUGGCCUUUGCGAAAUAAAGCUGUGUGCGUUA